GGGGGGGGGCAUGGGGGUGCAUUUAAAUGGGCAUUCUCAAUAAUUAUUUGCCGAAAAGGAACCAAGUGUAGAGGGGGGAGGGGGAGCAUAAGACACAAAAGUUGGAGGUGGUGGAUCCUCUGGUACAUAGGUGCCUGGAGUGCAGUGGCAGAAGGUCAUAGUCAUCAGUCUGUCUUGGUCUAUCGCACCGAUACUAUAUAUUCUGAAUACGCCAAGCACGUGGAGAAGACGCCGAACAACUGACCAUCCUGGGAGUACCUUUAGCAUUUCAGAAGAAUCGACGAUCGUGUCAUUCAAAUUAGCAAGUGAAACACCGUUGUCAACGCACUUUGCAAAACAUCCGAAGAUGGACAACCAAAACUAUAUCGUACUGCGGGGAAGUUUUACCGACGAGCAUAACAGAUUACGCACCACGUUCUCAGACCCGUACGAUCAGGAAGACGUGCAAAACUUCAAUCAGGCUCUGCAUAAAACUUUAAGCAAGAUAUUUUACGAGUCCGGUCUCAUCAGAUGGGAAAUAAACGACCUUCUUUCUCGCCCAAACAUUCGUGCCGAUCAGGCAUCGAUAUUUGAUCUGAUCCUGGAGCAGGAACGCGCCCGAAGCUCUCGCUCUUGUGGCUUGCCGUUCUAAGUCACUACCAGGAUUCGGCCGAGCUGCUCGUGCGCUUCGGCGCCAAUGCCAACGAGGUCUACGCAUUGCACAGUAGCCAGAAUAUACUCAACCCGCGAUCGAGCCAGCUACUACAAGCAGUCCUUCAGAUGUAUCUCUCAGCGUGGAACGAGCGAUUCAUCGGUAUGUUACUGGGCUAUGAUGUCAAUUUGCAAGCUCGGGACUCCCGCGACAUCACCGCUCUGCAUUUAGCUGUAUCGAAAGUCCGAGUCAAGGUGAUCGAGAUGCUACUCGAAAGAGGUGCCGAGGUCAAUGCCGUGGACCGUUUAAGCAGUGAACCACUGCUCGAAGCAGCCAGCGGUAGACAAGCCGAGGAAAAGCGGUCGUCCGACGAAUUUGAGCAUGAAAAGAUCGUCGAGGCAAAGUACCCAAACCUGUGGCCUUUUUAUAAAUCGUGCAUCAAGAAGCUCGAACGAACGAAGUCUACGACGCUCAUAGAGCGCAGCACGUUUUUUGAUGUUUUGACAAAAUGCCAGUGUCGAAUAGCAACGAUCAUCUGCAACCGAGAAAUCAGAUCUUACGAUUUCAGAAUAUACGGCGAUGAUAUAGCCAAAAAUCUGAACCGUGCGAGGAGCCACUAUGAAUCUAUGAUGGUCCAGGAGGAGGAACUGAGCUGGAUUUUUAUUUAUUUGCCGCACACGCUUAUGAGAAAGAUGGCUCGUUACCUAACAAUCUGUGAAAAUUGUGAGACCAAAAAAAUCAUGCGGGCGUUAGAAGAACCCAGUAGAAGACAGCUAAAUGAGGUCAGAUAUAGCGGGCCCUAUUCGUCAUCGCACGACUGGACAGUACCCAUUGACGUUGUAAAAAAUUCACUACCACUGCCUAAUGGUUUCAGAGGUAUGCAUGCCACAACAGAUGAGUCACUCGACCUGAGAAGAAAAUCAGUUUGGGUCGAUAUAAACCAGACUGGUAUGGAUGUUGCAAUAGAUGAGAAGCAGAUCGAGCCACUCGACCUGAGUGUAGAUGAAUUUCUAAGAAAAAAUAAAAGAAUAAAGUAUUGCUAAAAUAAACAA